CAAUAAUGUUGGGUUGAGCCGAGUUUGACGAUGAACUUCAUGUUUAUUAUUGUUGUUGGUUGCGCGUAUUUUUGGAUUUCAAGAAGCGAUAAAUUUUACAAACUAUCAUUUGAACAGACUUGAAACAGUAUGCCUCCAAAAAAGAAAAAAGAUGCCAUACCCGUGGUCGAACUCCCACCACCGGAAGCAGAAUCAGCGACACCAGUAGAAUCGAGCGCACCGACUCCCCGAAUGAUCUCGCUGGUGACGGGCGAACCGUUCGGCCCACGGGUGCGCCGGGUCGGCGAACAGGCCGAGGAGGAAAGUUCCGACGAUGAGCCGGACUCCGAGAGCGACGACGAGAGUCGUUUCUUGAAGGACGAGCUCAACUCCGAGGUUCCCGCCGAGUUCUGGCACAUGCAGAAGCUCAUCAAGUACAUGAAGGCUGGCAACCAGACGGCCACCACUGUGGCUCUGUGUCUGCUCAAGGAUUACGAGCUGUCCAGCAGGGUGAUUCAGCGAGUGAUCCACGAGAUGGGCGGUCUGGAGAUCUUGGUGAAUCUCCUGGAAACUCGAGAGAUCAAGUGUCAGCACGGCUCGCUCGCAGUUCUCCUGCAGAUUUCCUCGUCGCCGGAGAUGAGGCGACACCUGAUCGACCUGGGAAUCAUCACUCCGCUGAUAGAGCUGCUGAAGCAUCCGGCCAGGGACAUCCAAGUUCUCACCGUCGAGACAAUGGCCAACAUCGCUCUGAUGCGCAAGGCCAGAAAGCAGAUCCGUAUUCGUGGUGGAGUGCCUCUCAUUCUGGACAUCAUGGACGUUCCGGACUCUGUGGUACAACGUCCGGCUGAAGAACUGGACGAAAACGAGAGAGAACUACUUGCGGUGGCGAUCGGCUGCGCCAAGGUCCUCAACUCGCUUAGCAGCAGUCCGAAGAUCAAAGAGGAGCUGCGCAAACACGGGGCUGUUUUCCUGAUAGCCAGGUUCCUCAAAUCCCGCACCACAGAGCUCAUCGUGCCCAUGAUGGGAGCCGUUCAGCAGUGCGCCGAUCUGAAAGUUUUCAGACUGGCCUUCGAGAGGAUGGAAAUCAUCAUUGACAUCGUCCGACACUUGGAGAACGAGAGCCCCAAGCUGAAAGAAAAGGAUAACAGGGACGCCAAGUUGAAGGAAAGGGAAGAGGAUGACGCCAAGUUGAAGGAGAAGGUCAAACUGAAGGAAAACUGCGCUCUGGCGAUCUACAAGUGCGCUGUUAACAAGGUCACCAGGGACAUGGUGCGAGAGGCCGGCGGGCUCGAUCCGCUCUGCAAGCUCGUGCAAGACAAAGACGUGUACGCCAAUAAGAAGCUACUGGCCGCUGUGACUGGCGCGAUCUGGAAGUGCGCUAUCAGUCCGGAGAACGUGAGCAGAUUCAAUCAGAACAAUCUGGUAGCUGCGCUUGUACCUCUUCUAGGUGAAAACGAAGACAAGGACGUGCUGACAAACGUAGUCGGGGCUCUAGCGGAGUGCUGCAAGAAUCCGACUAACCGUGAAGUCCUCCGUGCCAAUGAAGGUCUUCCGAAACUGAUCAAACUCCUGAGCGUGACGUACGAGCCGCUCCUCGAGAACAUCCCUCUGGCGAUAGGCGAGUGUGCGCAAAACGAGCAGUGCAUGGACGUGAUAAACGAUCAGGAGCACCAGCUGGACGGCGUGCGGUUGGUCUGGUCUUUGCUGAAACAUCCAAGUGACUCCGUCAAACGGAACGCCUGCUUCGCCCUGGUGCCGUGCAUUCGUCACGCGAAAAACUCACCCGAGAUGGUCAGAGCCUUCGUCGGAGGACUCGAGCUCGUUGUCAGUUUACUGGAGAGCGAGGAUACAGAGGUCCUGAGCGCCGUCUGCGCGACGAUCGCCGAGAUUGCCACGGACCCGGAAAACCUGGGUAUCCUGACGGACCACGGGGUUGUGAAGAAGCUGGCUGAUUUGGUCCACACGGAGGACGAGAAGCUCCGGGCCAAUUUGACGCUGGCGAUUGCUUUCUGCUGCGAGUGGGGACAGAACAACUACGAGUUCGGAAGGCUGAACGCGGUCGCACCGCUAGUCAAUUACCUGAUGAGUACUAACAAGGAGGUGCUCAAAGGGGUCUGCAUCGCCUUUUUCCACCUUAGCAAGGAGCCCUCUAAUUGCGUUACAAUGCACACUUGCGGAGUAGUCAAGGUAUACAAUGAGCUGACAAAGACAAGAGACUUGUGUUUCACUUAAUUUAUUACCGUAAAUUGCAUAAAGAAUAUGAAUAUCAAUAAUAAAAAAUCUCCAUAGCACGUGCUUCGCUUGGUCGGGUCUGAGGACUCCGAAGUGCAGAUAGCCGCCGCUACCACGAUUCGGCACAUACGUAAGCUUGCACUGACAGCGGAGAAAUUCCAUUACAAAGAGAUGUACAGUAUAAUUUUUAUCUUUACAAAUAAUUUUGUAACUGCAUAUAACAACGUUGCUUAUAAUUUUUGGUGUACUCUUUCGUUACCAGAAAUACGCUCGCCGAAACGGAUUAUCAGAAGUGAAGAGCCGAAAACUAAUGUUCAAGUUUGGAGAAGCAUUAUCCAGGCAAAUUUCAUUUGCACAUCGAAAGAGAAUCGCGUACAUUGUUAAGUCACUUUCAAUUUGUGCGCUUUGAAAGCAUACCUCUGUUUAAAACAAGACUCUUUUGACGCAGCUUGUACAAAAGGUUGUAAAAUAUAAAAAAUUAUCCUAAUUAAACUACCUUAACCUUUCGAUUCAAAAAGAAAAAAAAA